CCCAACCCCAAACCCCCAAGGCUGCUUCUAUUGUGUUCGCCCGGGUCUCGGGGCGGUGAAGCCGCGGGCACGCCCGGGAGCCGCGCUGCGCGGUGCUGCGCGGUACUGCGCGGUACUGCGCGGUCCGCCCAGGGGUUUAUGAGGUUUUUGCGCGGGGGUGUGCGUGUGAAAUGUUGGGGUUUUAUGACAUCACAGGCCCGGAGUACCCAAUCAGCUGGCGGGUGGCGGGGACGGCUCGGUGGGGUGUUCCCUAGAAUAUACCGUACGCGGCGGCGGGGCCGCGAGUGCGGAGCCCGGGGAAGGUGGGAGCCGCACGGAGCCCCGGGGCUCCCCCGCCUCCCAGACCCCCCCCUCCUCCGCUACCAUUUUUUCCCUGUCGUGUCCCCCCCCCCUCCUUGUCGGGAGCUUUGUUUGCUUAAGCAUCUCAGUGGCUUUGCACAGCGAAGGGGGGGGGCUGUGCUUGUUGAUUCCUCGUCCACCCCCCCCCCCCCCCCCCCCCCCCCCCAAAGAGAUUAUUUUUGAAGUGGAAGGUGGGGUGCGCGGCCGCGGGGUGGGAGCUGGCCGGGGGGAGCCUGGAGGAUGCAAGAUGUUUGACUUCUUUAUUUUUCUUUCUUUUUUUUUUGCUGGGGAGGGGGAAGACGAGGAGUCAAGCCCCGGUACAGGCGGAGGAACUGGGUGUUUGGAAGAUGUUGCAAACCAUUGACUGGAGCGUUUGAAAGGGAGAUCGACUGCUUUGGCUUUUUUUUUUUUUUUUUUCCUUUUUUUUUUUUUCCUCCCCUCCCCCCUCCCCCACCUCUCCGGAGGGGUAGGGAUGUGUGUGAUCAGGGAGUGGAAACAAAUAUGUCCUUAUUUUCAAUGCCCCCUUUGAAAGAGACAAAGUAAAUGCUCCUUGCAAAAUGUUCCUGACCUGCGAAGGGACCUUCGGAAUUGUUCCAGCCACCAUGGAUUACAAUGGGGAAGCCAGGCCGGGGGAUUUUCAUGCUGGCUAUCAAGAAAUCGAAGGGAUAAACUUGGGAUACUUACAGAUCAAUGGCACCCAGAUGUUUGCUUUGGCCCAGGUCCUCAGCGACCUGUUUAAGGAUAUCCCCAGGACCACCAUCAGCAAGAAGAUGGAAACCUUAAAGAUCAAGAGCCGCCGCUGCGAUCUCAAAGAGCUCCGGACCCUCAAAGCCAUCAACUCGGUGCCCACCCGGGCGGUGAAAUGCUCCCUCAUCUCCAAGGCGGACCUGGAGGCUCUCUGCACCUCCUGCAAGAGCCUCAGCCCCCGGAGGAGGAAGAGGAAAAGGAAGAGCAAGAGGAGGGAGCAGCUGCUGCUGCCGGACCCGGGGGAGCUCUUCCCCUGCCCCCGGCCCCAGCUGCUGCCGCCCUGCCGAGCCGGCGGUUGCUGCGUUCCCCCCCCCGCCGCCGGCCGCCCCAAGCCGCCCCCCGGUUUCCCCAAGCCGCGCUCGGCGCCGGCCCCGCUGCUCCCGCAAGCCUUCCACCACAGGGCCUUCCCCGCCUUCGAAAAGCCCCCCCGGGGCCGGAGGGCUUGCGGGCUGACGGCUCGGGGGGGGGUUUUCGCCGGCGUCCUGGCCGGCUACCCCCGCGACCUGGCCUUGCUGCAGCAUCCCGCGGCCGCGCAUCCCGCCGCGCAGGCGGCCGCGCUCGCCCAGCCGGGCCGGCGCAAGCGGGGGCCCUGCUGUGCCAAGGGGCUCUUCCCGGUGGAGAAGGGGCCGGCGGCCCCCAGGAAAGGCCGUUCCUCCUCCGUCUUUCCCGGCUCCAAGAGACAGGGCACCUCCGCCGGCUACUCCAGCGACUCGGACUCCAGCCUGGACUUCGGGGGGUCCAGCCCCGCCACCUCCAGCGACUCGUCGGAGGAAGAGGAGGAGGAGGAGGAGGAGGAGGAGGAGGAGGAGGAGGAAGGGGACACGUCGUGCAGCAGCGAGGAAGGCAGCUCCUCGGAGUCGGAGAGCAGCUCGCUGUGCAGCGGGGACUCGGUGCAGAGCACCCGGUACAGGCAGGCGGCUCUGCCCCGCUUCCAGCCGCAGCCCCCCCGGGAGCCCCUCGGUGAGGAGCGCCCCGCCGAGCCCCCCCCGAGCGUGGGCAAAGCCCUGCGCCCCGACCCCAACCUCCUCUUCCUCUCGCAGCAGCUCUGGGCCAGGACUUUGCGAGCAUCAACUUUGGAAAGUUUGAGCCCGGCUCCAGCCCUGGGCUCGGGGGCCCAGCCGCUGCCGGAGCUGUACGCAAAGCAGGAGGCCUCCCCUUCCUCCUCCUCCUCCUCCUCCUCCUUUUCCUCCUCCUCCUCCUCCUCCUCCUCCUCCUCCUCCUCCUCCUCCCCCCCUCCCUCCCCGAGCAGCACCCCUGGGGGGGAUCCGCAACAAAAGGAGGGAGGCUUUGGGGACGCGGAGCCCUGCGCCAAAGGGAAGGAUUUGCACAAAGAUGCCUCGAACAAUAGAGCCUCGUUAGGCCCCAGUGACCAGGCAGAGAGGCAAAGCGGAGCUUUAGGCGGGCGAACGCCUUCCCGAGAGCCGGCCCCGGGCUCGGCCCCGCAGCCCCCGGCUCAGGAGCUGGCGGGGAGCCUCGGGCCGGCCCCCCCCGGGGACACGGGGGAGCCCCGGCGGGAGCACUUUGACCGCCUGAUCCGGCAAUCCAAGCUGUGGUGUUACGCCAAAGGGUUCAACCUGGACGGGAAAAGUUUGCGGCCCGGAGGGAGGACGGAGCCCUGUAAAACCGCAGAGCUCAAAUCCCCCGGCUCCAAAAGAGCAGAGAGCCCCAGCACCUUGUCAAACAAAGCUUUGAAAGGCAAUGGCUCGGAAAGGAAUGCCAAGCGCAGACGCCUUGCCAGAGGCGCUGAGGCAGAAAGGCAACAGAGCUCCUCUAAAGGGAGGCCACAAAAGACUCAAAGGAGGAAUGCCAAAAAGGGAAACACUCAUUGCAAACGCCUCGGCAGCGCCGGGCCAACCCCGCCUCGGAAUUCCUUCAGCCUCAUGGGCAACUUCCCCUGUAUUCCCUCCCUGGUCGUGGGGGAAGAUGGGGACCUGUGUCCUGCCUCCUCCCUGGGGGUCAAAAACUCCUGGGCCCUCUCCAAAACUCACCCCCUGUGGAGCUGGCACCUGGGGGGCAACGCCAUCCCCGUGCCCCCCAGCCUCAAAUUCCGGGGCUAUAGCUUGGAGGAUCUCUAAGGACAGCGGACGGCCCGGAGGAAAGGUUUACGUGCAACAGAUGAGAG